UACGGAAGUGAUUCGUUACCAUAAACGCACUUCCGCUACGCUGCCAAUUCCUUUCCUGUCCGCGGCCUCCGUCAAGAUGGCGGUGCAAAUCUCUAAGAAGAGAAAGUUUGUGUCGGAUGGCAUCUUCAAAGCCGAGCUGAAUGAGUUUCUGACCCGAGAGCUGGCCGAGGAUGGGUACUCCGGUGUGGAGGUCCGUGUCACGCCAACAAGAACAGAAAUCAUCAUCCUAGCCACCAGGUGUAUUAUUUUUCUUUUCUUUUUCCUGUGCCUUUUUGAUUUGGAUGUCAUGCUUGUUCUUCUCAGGGCCUGCUACGGUGUUCUGCGCUUCAUCAUGGAGAGCGGGGCCAAGGGUUGUGAGGUGGUUGUUUCUGGUAAACUGAGAGGUCAGAGAGCCAAAUCCAUGAAGUUCGUGGAUGGCCUGAUGAUCCACAGCGGAGACCCAGUUAACUAUUACGUCGACACUGCUGUCCGCCACGUACUGCUCCGACAGGGUGUGCUUGGAAUCAAGGUGAAAAUCAUGCUUCCCUGGGAUCCCAGCGGCAAGAUCGGCCCCAAGAAGCCCCUGCCUGACCACGUCAGCAUCGUGGAGCCCAAAGACGAGGUCCUGCCCACCACCCCGGUGUCCGAACAGAAGGCGGCCAAGCCCGAGGCCCCAGUCAUGCCACAGGGAGCCCCAGUGUCAACCCCAUAAAGGGGUCAUCGAUGGAAGACUUACACUUUUCUGUAUAAAAAAAUAAAUAAAAUGAGAAAUGGGGAAAUAUCGUGUUUUCAUUCACUUCAAAUGAGCAAUGCUGUUUUAAAGACGUUAUGAUUGCAGUACAUGGAAGUUUUAGUAGCUUUUAACACAUUUGAGAGUGAUCUACCUGAAGAUGUUAAACAUAACCGUGAGCAGCAGAAUGCAGUUGGAAGUCAAUGUCAUCCUGUAGGUCAUGUUAACGGUAGACGCUUCGACAAUGUCAGAUGUGACCGCUGCUUAAAACAACUUUUAUUGAUCUACUUCAUUUAUAAAGCAGAGUGUUUAAUUGUAAUGAAAUCGUGACAUUAUGGGGGGGGGGACUUAAAUAUAAUGUUGCAUUGAGUGAUUUUAUAUAUUUGACUCCAUAGCCCCUCAUUGCACAAUAUUCAAAGGCCUCGUGACCUUCCCAGCUGUAUGGUAUUUUCUGACUAAGAAUUAAUGAGACAUAUAUAUAUAUACAUUACAUAUUUAUAUUCAACCACAAUUUCUAUCGGAUUGAAUGUUUUAGAGCGGUUUUAAGUUUGGAAAUGGCACUUUUAAAAUGAAGUUAAAUUAAAGAAAUCUUGAUU